AUGCUCUCCAUCAAUAAGUACCGGCCCAGUUGUGUGGUGUCCUCCUCUUGGCCGUGGGCGUGUCCACCCGGGUGUCUGACCCCCACGAGCCAAACUCUACACUCAGCUCCACUCACUGCACUCACGGCCGUGAUGUCCACCUCGCAGGAGAACGGCGUGGACACCGCAGAGGACGACGACCUCUCCCCCACAGAGCUCGAGCUCGCGCAGACAUGGGACCGGCGGCGCGCCAAGUCCCUGCCGGCGUACCCGGAGCACGCGAACACGCUCCUCCGCGCGCUCUCGCAAGGCUGCAGGAAGCGCGUGCGGUUCGCGGACGCGCUCGGCCUCAACCUGGCCAGCGUGAAGCACUUCAGCGCCGCGGAGGAGCCGCGCGUGCCUUUGCACCUCACGGGCUUGCCGCUCGCGCCCGCCUUGAGGAUCCACGAGGACGGCGGGGAGGUGGAGGCGCGCGUGCGGCGCUGCGGCCUCGCGCUAGAGAGGGUCGCCAUCAGCUGUGGGCGCGUGCACGGGACCAUACGGGUCGCUGCGGACGCGGGAGAGCGCGAGAAGGAAGUGGGCGUGAGGUACACGCUGGACGAGUGGCAGUCGUACGUGGACGCGCGCGCCGUGCCCGUGCACUCGCUGGUGCCUGACAGAGAGAGGUUCGCCUUCACCGUGUGCGCGCCCCCGCGACCCGAGUCCGGCGCCGCCGUGCACUUCGCUCUGUACCUGAGAGGCGGAGGGGCGGAGUUCUGGGACAACAACGACGGACAGAACUACACGCUGCGGCCGGGCCACCUCCACAGCGCGUGAACACCCAGGAGCCAAAGACUUUCCAGAGCUUUUCUCCUCACCCGUGAACUGCAGGGCGUCCGAGUGGAGGGCUUUUUAGGACCCUGUGGGGACAGUGCUGUCAGAUACUGAGAGCCUGCAAAGAAACUGACCAGCUGGUGAAGAUCAGCACCUUUCUGGUCCUCAGUCACACUAAAAGGGGGGUUUGACAUAAACGGUGCAGGGAUGGUCAGUUACACCAGACACUAAAGGCCCGAUUCUCUGCACCAGUGCAUUGCAGACCAAUUCAAACUGAUAGGUUGGUUCUGUGGGAUACUGAUGAGAACCGUGUUGUUCCUUAAUCACCCCAAAGGCCUAUAAUUUGUUUGUUUGUUUUUUUAGAUGGGACAGUGUUAAUGUGAGAGACUGAAAUCACAGAAUGAUACUGAUCAGGUGGUGAAGAUCACCAUAUUUUGGUCCUCAGUCACACCAAAAGGGGUACACUUGUUUUUAAAGGCUACAUUGUCAGUGUUCAAUCAACCCAAACACACUAAAAGCCUGUUUCUUUUCACCUGUGCAUUGCAGACCAGUUUAAACUGAUAGGUUGAUUUGUUCUGUAGAUGGGAGUGUUCUGUUUUAGCACAUCACUCACCAAAAAGGUGUACACUUAUUUUAGAAGGGUACACUGAUGGUCCUCACACCGAAGAGCCUGUACACUGCAGACCACUUUAAACUGAUAAGUAGGUUCUGUAGAUUGGACUGUUCUGUGAGAUACUGAUGAGAACCAUGUUAUUCCUUAAUCACCCCAAAGGCCUAUAGUUUUUUUCUUGUUUGUUUUUUAGAUGGGACAGUGUUAAUGUGAGAUACUGAAAUAUUAGUGUGAUACUGAUCAGGUGGUGAAGAUCACCAUAUUUUUGGUCCUCAGUCACACCAAAAAGGGGUACACUUGUUUUAAAAGGCUACAUUGCCAGUGUUUAAUCAUACCAACAGACUAAAGUCCUGUUUCUCUUCACCUGUGCAUUGUAGAGCAAUUUAAACUGAUAGGUUGGUUUGUUCUGUGAGAUACUACAAUGUAUACACAACAGUGAUACUCAUCAUUUGAUGCCUCAGUCACACCAAAGGCCAAGGAUGCUUUUUUUCUUUUUUUCUUUUUUUGUGUUGAUUGUUUUUGCAGGGAACUUUGUUUCAAUAAGAUAAAAAAUCCUAGAAUGAAACUGAUCAUUUGGUGAAGAUCAGCACAUUUCUAGUCAUCACUAAAAGAACAAAAACAAACAAGAAAAAAAAGGGACUUACUUUAGAAGACACUUAUUUUAGUAGACACUAAAAGAAGGCUACACUGAUGGUCCCACCAAAGAGCCUGUACACUGCAGACCACUUUUAACUGAUAGGUUGGUUCUAUAGAUGGAACUGUUAGGUGAGAUACUGAUCAAGUUUAUGAAGAUCAGCUGAGUGUUGUUCCUCAAUCACAACAAAGGCCUAGGAUAGUGUUCUCUUGGUUUUAGAUAGUGAAAUCCUACAAUGAUACUGAUCAGUUAGUGAAGACUAGCAUAUUUCUCGUCUUCAGUAACACCAAAAAGGCUACAUUGAUGGUCUUCAGUCAGACCCAAGACAUUAUUGGCCUUUUUGCUGACCGUUCCAAACUAAUAUGUUGGUUUAUUCUUUAAGUGGGACUCUUAUGUGAGAUACUGAUGCAAACCUACAAUGAAAUUAUAUCACAGA